UUCUCUUUUUUAAUCCGUUCAAAAUUCCCAAACUCAUUCUCGUCAUGUGAACCUUCUACUAACGAUCGAAACAGAAAAAGAUUUACGCUCCGCAAGGCUCGUGUUUUGCAAAACUCGAUUAGUCAUCGUUCUUUUCCACCCCACCGUUCCAGUCAACGCAGAAAAGUGUAAAAUGUCUUCCAACGAGCUGGAAAAUGAGGGCUUCCUGAUCCAGAUUCGUGUACUGUUGAACGAGCGGGGCAUAAAAUUGUGGGAAGCACCCUACAUAACCGCGGACCGCACCCCGAACGAUGACGAGUUGGGUAAGCUGGCCGAUACGCUCGGUCCGGAGACGGCGAUUCCCCGUGAUCGGUGCCUGAGCGUGCUCCGAUCGCUGCAACAGAACGCCCUCGAGAAGCUACAGGCCAAGGAUGAGUUCGUGAAGACGGGUCUGGCCACGGUGAAACUGCGCGCACCUACACAAACUGGUUCCAACCGGUCGUUCGAUCUGAAGCUCAAGGUCACGGAUCCGGGUGCUACCCUUUCCGAGCUGGUCGGUCAACGACUGUCGGUGGAUCCCCGCAAAAUCAAACUAGUGUGCGGUGGACGAGUGGUGGAUAGUACGCGCACACUAGAGGAACAGAAGGUAACGAAUGGAGCGAUCGUACUGGCGCUAGUGAUGGCUCACAGCGUGGAGGAAGCAAAACUGGAAUGCUCCACGUACGAUCGGGUGCACAAGAUCCGUGCCGAUGCCGAGCUGCUGAUCAACGAGAACGACACCGCAAAGAUGAUGACCCUGGAAGAUCAAUCCGGAAACCCCAUCUUUCUGCCGAAAAACGAGAAAAAGAGUCUGAUGGUGGCACUGACACUGUACGCGAAGGGAAAGGCAGCACUAGCUGCUGGCAACUACGAAGAAGCACUGCUGCUGCUGCUCGAGGCGGACCGUGACUUCCGGGGCUGCAACUCGGACCUGCUGAACGGGGUCGAUAACUAUGCCCUGCUCAAUCUCGACAUCGUUUGGUGCUACCUCUGCCUUAAGAACUUGAACCAACUGCCGGAUGCCGCCGAAAGGUUGCAGCUGUGCGAGCAAAAGUUCCGUCAAAGCUACGGCGAAAACAUGAAACGCGUGGCGGCCCUCAAAGGUGAGCAGUCGAGCGAGAAAACGAUCCUCGUAAGGCUGCACUUGCUGAAGGCCAUCCUGUACUACCAUCAGAACAAACGCGACGAUGCACGCACCAUGUUUCGGGUGGUGGAAACGGAACUGCAAUCGCUGCGCAUCGACGAUGCGUGCCUUAGCCGGUUGAUGGAGUGCGGACAUACGCUACAGGAGUCGCGUAUCGCACUGCGCGCUUGCUCGAACAAUAUCGAACGUGCGAUCGAGUACAUCCACGAGCAACGCGAGCGACAGGAGGAGAACGACAAACGGUCACGCCGUGAGCUGAAGCUUUACGAACGAAUCGGCCACGCCACCGAUACACCACAGUACUGGCGCAUUAAACUCGACUUUGUCGACGUGCUAAUGGAGAUGGGCUAUACGGAGGAGAUGGCCGCGUUGGCGCUCAAGGAGAGCGAUAACGACAUCAAUGGGGCCCUGAACGAACUGCAGAACAACAACAAGGAGCUGCGCCUUAAACUGCUCCGCUGUGUCGUUCCGGAUGAGCAGCAUGUCGAGCAGCUGAUGGCGCUCGGUUUCCCGGAAGAGGCGGCCCGUGUAGCACUGAAAACCACUACCAAUCGGUAUGAUCUGGCGGCCGAAUUUUUGGUGGCUAACGUGUCCGACGGCAGUGUGUACAGUGAGCGGCUGACGAAGGCACUUCAGAUGAUCGGUUCAGAAUCGGCUACCCACUUAGCUGAAGCGGCUACUGGAAGCACGGAUCAUCAAACGACGCCUUCAACCAGCAAAGCAUCGUCGAGCCACGGGAAGCGGACGGAUGCCUGCACGGAGGCACGCACUGAAGAAAAACGUCGCAAAAAGGAAAUGCUGGACAUUGUGUUUAAGAGCUUCUCGAAGGAGAUUGGCGAAUCACGUGAUAACCAUCUCGAUCUAUCGCUCGCCGAAGAGACCGUACUGCUGGAGCAGUACAAGGCGCUCCUAGGUAUGGAGUGACCCCGAUUGGUCCUAUCGUUGCCAAAAAUAAGAACCUCUCCAGUGAUUAGGACGUAAAACGACUGUCAAGCAGCUUAGCCGAAGAGCGUCCCAACUACCCGGGAACAGUACGAACCUUAGUGCCAUCUCGUGUGGACGUAAUUCUUCCGCCUGCACGGCAUCGCUGGUUGCCAGAUUUAUAACUACUGCUGCCAGUAAGUGUCUUUAAUGGUUAUGAAACUGAUUGGAAUGGAAUCUACCCAACGAAAUAUUAAUCCCGUCCCCCCAUCGCUAUCGUUGCGUUAAAUGCGCAAGGUUGCGACUAAUUUGGCUCUCUAGAAUUGUAAGAUUUUCAAAAC